UCAGCUGGUCGACUCCACAGAGCCACAAAGUUGUCCUCGCUCUCAUCCAAGUGGCACACGCUGCCCUCGGGGAGGAAGAAGAGAAGCAGGGAAGAAGGGCCAGCAGGGAGGCGAUCUGAAUCCGGAUCCUCUGGAGCGGCUGCAGAGAGCGGAGGAGGAGGAGGAGGAAGAUGCGCGUCAGGAUUUUGGUUCGACUCUGACGAGGCUGCCUGGUAGCGUCUCCUCACCCCGUCUUUCACGUCUGACUGGUGGUUUUGUUUCCAACAACUUUCACAGCAUCAUGAGCUCCUCCUCAGCCAACCUUCAAAGCAAACACCCACCUUUGGAUUGCUGCCCUGGGCAGUGAGUCACAUCCUCCUGUUGACAGUAAACCUGUAAAUAGGAAAUGUGCUGCAGCAACGUCUGACUCCCUGUCCUGCUGCGUCCUGCGGUCCCCAGCAGAGACGGAGCAUGCCCAGAGGCUUCCAGACAUGGAGUCAGCGCAGCAGCUCAAGCUCAGGGAGCGCCAGCGCUUCUUCGAGGAGGUCUUCCAGCACGAAGUGGACGUCUACCUGUCCUCGGCACACCUGUGCAUCAAGGACUACAGGAGACCGCCCAUCGGCAGCGUCUCCUCCAUGGAGGUGAACGUGGAUCUCCUGGACCAGAUGGAGCUGAUCGACCUCUCUGACCCUGACCCGGUGGAUGUGUUCUUCAGCUCUGUGGGCGAGGAAGGGGUGCUGUCCUCGCCGCUGCCGGCAGGCCACGGCAGCGACGAGGCGGCCAUCAGGAACGGGCUGUUCCGCCACGUCCUGGAGAGUCUGGACGCCAAGUCCCGCAUGUCCUCCACGUCUUCGGACUCCUCCUCGGACAGCCAGGCCGCCGACGUCAACGGAGGAGACACUCCUCUGGUCGGGUCGGACAGCGAGGAGACGGCGGGCGGCGAAGCCGGGAAGAGAGGCGUGUCGCCGGAGGAAGGAGAGCGGAGAGCUCGGAGUGUGCGCCCCUACUGCGAAGAAAGCUCCCGUACGAAACAGUGACGGAGGACGCCUCAGCCAGAGGAGGACGUUUGUUUGAGGAAAGACUUUUGAUUUGACCCGCAGUAGGUUUCCAUGGUGCGGGCCACGUAGUGUAAAUAUGGCGAUUCUGGUUAGACUGGUCUUCCUUCUUGUCGUUUAAUGUGAAAAAUAAUGAUUUUUGUACAGUAUUAAUAAAACUCUAAAACAAGA